CGUAAAGUUUUAAGCUGGUUUGUGUGUGUGCAUGUGUGUCCGCUUUCUUGUCUUUGUCGUCUCAUGGCAUCCAUGGCAUUGGUGCAUGAACCUCGCGAUAGUGAAGUGUGUGUGUGUGUGUGUGUGUGUGUGUGUGACCGUGUGCACAGCCGAUGCGUGACGCCAGUUGCAAAGGUUACAUGCAUGCAGACACACAUCUACAGCGAAGAUUCCUCGGUGCGCAGUGCGGAGCUCAAAAUAUGAGCUGUUGCAUCGACGUGCACGAUGCAUUAAACGCACGCAGAUCUUGUUUUAUAUCCAUCUUUUGUGUGCGAUGUGCUCGGAUGUCGCUUCGCGGUGGAAAGUAUCUUCAUGAGUGUCCAAAGUAACAGCAACAGCACUGGAAGUUUGGACGGAGCGCCAUCUUGCUCUCAGUUCGCGACUGGAUCUCCGACCCCGGGCUCGGUUUCUCCGCUCAAUAUCUGCGCUCCGUCGAGACAGAAAGAAGGUAUGGAUGAACUGCAUUCUCUGGAUCCGAGGCGGCAGGAGCUCUUGGAAGCACGUUUCAUCGGCGCUGUUAGUGGGAACACUGGAGGCAGCCAAGGGAGCACGAGUGGUGGAGCUAAAGGCUUGAACCAUAAUGAAUGUUCCAGUCACAGUUUUGGCAGCCUGGGGUCGUCCAGUGACAAGGAGUCAGAGAGCUCGGAUAUGAAGAAAGGAGGAUCUCCUGCAUAUUCUGUAAGAUGGCCGUGUACUCCAGAGAAGAAGCACUCCGAGUCAUCCAGAGGACGAAAGAGGAAGGUUGAUAACCAAUCAGAGAGCAGUCAAGGCAAGUCUUCCGGCCGAGGGCCCAAGAUCAGCGAUUAUUUUGAUUUCCAGGGAGGAAACGGAUCUAGUCCCGUCAGGGGUCUCCCUCCGAUCCUGCGCUCACCGCAGAACUCUCAUUCUGCACCUGGGGCAAUUCAGGUGAGACAGAACAGCUCUUCACCCACCAGCCUGUGUUUCACAGACCACACUAUGAAUCCAAAACACCUGAGCAGCAAAAGUGUGCAGUCCCAGACGGAUCUGACACUGUUGAAACUGGCUGCACUUGAGAGCAAUAAGAAUCUCGACCUUGAGAAGAAAGAAGGAAGGAUAGAUGAUCUGCUCAGGGCAAACUGCGACCUCCGUAGACAGAUAGAUGAGCAGCAGAAGCUGUUGGAACGUUUCAAGGAGCGUCUGAACAAAUGCACUACAAUGAGUAAAAAGCUGCUCAUCGAGAAGAGCACGCAAGAGAAGCAGUCGUGCCGUAAGAAGAGCAUGCAGGACCGCUUGCGUUUGGGACACUUCACGACAGUUCGACACGGAGCAUCUUACUCUGAACAGUGGACGGACGGAUACGCUUUUCAGAACCUGGUCAAGCAGCAGGAGUGGAUUAACCAGCAGAGGGAAGAGAUCGAGAGGCAGAGGAAACUUCUGGCCAAGCGUAAACCACCCAGUACGCCCUACACCCAGAGCCCAACGCCCAAUGAGUCCAAACAGAGAAAGACCAAAGCUGUCAAUGGGGCGGACAACGACCCCUUCCUCAAACCCACCCUGCCCACGCUGUUGACUGUGGCAGAAUAUCAUGAGCAGGAGGAAAUUUUCAAACUGAGAUUAGGUCAUCUAAAAAAGGAGGAGGCGGAGAUCCAGGCGGAGCUGGAGAGGUUGGAGCGUGUGAGGAAUCUUCACAUUCGAGAACUAAAAAGAAUCAACAAUGAGGACAGUUCUCAGUUCAAAGACCAUCCAACUCUUAAUGAAAGAUAUCUUCUCUUACACCUGCUGGGCAGAGGAGGUUUCAGUGAAGUUUAUAAGGCGUUUGACCUGUUUGAGCAGCGAUACACUGCUGUGAAAAUCCACCAGCUUAAUAAGAACUGGAGAGAAGAGAAGAAAGAAAAUUAUCACAAGCAUGCCUGUAGAGAAUACAGAAUCCACAAACAGCUCGACCAUCCCAGAAUAGUCAAACUCUACGAUUACUUUUCCCUGGAUACUGACACAUUCUGCACUGUUCUGGAGUUCUGUGAGGGGAACGAUCUGGAUUUCUAUCUGAAGCAGCACAAGCUGAUGUCUGAGAAAGAGGCUCGGUCCAUCGUCAUGCAGAUCGUCAACGCUCUCCGAUACCUUAAUGAGAUCAAACCUCCCAUCAUUCAUUACGACCUGAAACCAGGAAACAUCCUGUUGGUGGAUGGAACGGCAUGCGGCGAGAUAAAAAUCACAGACUUCGGUCUGUCUAAAAUCAUGGAUGACGAUAGUUACGGAGUGGAUGGGAUGGAUCUGACCUCGCAGGGAGCCGGAACGUACUGGUAUUUGCCACCAGAGUGCUUUGUAGUUGGUAAAGAACCUCCAAAGAUCUCGAACAAAGUAGACGUGUGGUCCGUUGGGGUCAUCUUCUUCCAGUGCCUGUAUGGACGCAAGCCGUUUGGUCAUAAUCAAUCCCAGCAAGACAUACUUCAGGAGAACACCAUCCUCAAAGCCACUGAGGUGCAGUUUCCUGCCAAACCCGUAUCUAGCAAUGAAGCUAAGGCGUUUAUCCGCCGCUGUUUGGCUUACAGGAAGGAAGAUCGCUUUGACGUUCACCAACUGGGCAGCGACUCGUACCUUCUGCCGCACAUGAGGCGAUCCAAUUCGUCAGGAAACCUGCAGGCCAUGCCGGCCAGCCCUGCUGCUUCUUCAGGAAUCAUCUCCUACUGAUCUCGUCGGCUGAUCGAUUAUGAUUGACGGUUACGAAUGCGAUUUCCCUCCCUUCGCCCACCUGCGCGUGGACAGGAAGGGGGAGGGACUAAGUGUCAGCUCACGUGACACGCCCACACCGGCCACAGUGACUGCCGUUGUUAUUGGGGCAGGAAUGGCCGAUGUCAUUUCCUGUGUGGAUCCAAAUGUCAGUCAGAGAUAGAACCAUUUGGAAAUGGAUUUUUUUACCCAGGGCGGUUUGUGAAGUGGGGUAGAUUUGGGAGUGUUCCUCUAGAGGGGAUUGACUUUAACAUUUUAGUUUCUUGUUGAUAUCCUCCCCAAGCCACGCCUCUGUUGGGGUGCUUUGUUUUGUGUAAGUGUGAAAUUUAGAGACGAUUAAUUGUAGUGUGAUUGACAAUAGAAUGAGUUGUAAUGUGACACAACAGUGUCUGUAAGAGAAUAUGUGCGUGUGUGUUUUGAACGGAUAUUUUACAACAUUAUCCAUGUGUGCGUUGGUCACAGAACAAAGGGUUUGUUACAGAAAUUCGGUCUAUUUUGGUUCACAGUAACUUAACAUGAAUGACGUCAGUGUGUAUGCAGAAUACAAAUGUGGGCGUGUCAGAUUUAUCCUGAAAUAUAAAUUAUUUUUUGAGGACAUUAAAUUAGGGCUGUUUUUUUGGACUUUUAAGAUUUGUUUCUCAGAGUUAUACACAUGGAGUCACCAAAUGUUCCAUUACUGUGCUGCAAAAAUCUGACUUGUAUUUUGCACUACGAUAAUGAGAACUCUAUGGGAAAUCUGCUUAAUUGUAUUGAAAUUAUUAAAGAAAAAAUCCCUUUGGUCUUAAAACAGGCUUUUCUUUGUCUUUAGGACCCAGACAGAUGGGACCGAGCUGUUUAAAUGUAUGUUGAGAUGCAGUUUUGGUAAAUCUAGCAUGAGAGGGCAUUUCAUUUGUAUUCCUCUCAUUAAAAGGAUAUUUCGCCCUAAAAAUGAAAAUUCUGCCCUUUGUGCACCCUCAACCUCUAUAUGACUCUACUUCUGUGGACCAAAAAAGAAGAUAUUUUGAGAAAUGUCUCUGUGGUUUGUCUCUAUACAACGGGGUCCACUUAAAAGUUGUAUAGGUUUGGAAUGACAUGUAAUUUUCAUUUCUGGGUAAACUAUCGCUUGAAUCUAUUGUCUGAAUCAACAUCACUGUGGUAAGAUGAUGCUGUUAGACAGCUAGCCUCAUUUUCUUGUGGUUUCAUUCAGAUUAAAAAUCAGACCAAAUAAGAAUUCAAUUUCACAGGAAACCACAGCAUAGGAAAAUUUGUCUAAGUUGUGAAACUGAGGAUAUGUUGUGUGUGUGUGUGUGUGUCUGCUGUAAGCCGUGAUUCAUGGAACAGACGGAAGGUGGGCCGGAUCCCGCCCAUGAUAAUUUAACCCCUUUAUGCCCAGACCAUGUGCUGUCACGUUGCUUAGCAACCCUCGCUGAUCCCGGAACUUAAGUCAGGUCAGCCGUUCUGAACGCUGCUGACCUGACUGUGAUCUAACUAUCAAAGCUUCCAGACUCGCUUUUCAGGGGAAGAAUCUCCGCUUUCAUUGUUUUUUGUCCAAAUAAAUCCCAGAAGCAGUUAUCAGCUCAACAUUAUGGUGAUUUGUCUCUAAAAUGCUGCUGCGAUUGUAGAGAAUGUAGCCAAAAGAGAAAUAAACAUUUUGAA